AUGACGACUCUGCAGCCGCGCCCGCCCUACUCAGACGCCGAGCUGGCCCAGCUCUACCCGCGCCAGCUUCACCUCCAGCAGGUCCAGAUCCUGCUCCGCCACGGCGAGCGAACGCCCGUCAACGCCCGCUUCGCCAAUGCCGGCCUGCCGGCCUUCUGGCCCUACUGCAGCGCCGUGCGCCGCCUCCGGUCCGUCGUCCUUGGCCCGUCCGGCCCCGGCGCCGAGUCCGUGUCCGCCUCAGACGGCACCUUCUCCGAGCUGCAGUGGCGCCGUCGUCUCGAGACCUUUGGCGCAAGCGAUGCCGCCAUCCCGGCCUCUGGGCCCAGCAAUGAGCUCGAUUCCAUCUGCGACCUGGGCAUGCUGACGGACCGCGGCCGGGAAACGACAUACGCCCUGGGCUCGCGCCUCCGGAAGCUCUACGUCGACCACCUGGGCUUCCUGCCGGCCAGCAUCAAGGACGCCGACUUCCUCUACCUCCGCGCGACGCCCAUCCCCCGCGCCCUCGAGUCCAUGCAGCAGGCCUUCCUAGGCCUCUACCCGCCUCACACCCGCGACGCCGACUUCCCGCCCCUGACCAUCGUCUCGCGGUCCCCCGCCGACGAGACGCUGUUCCCCAACGACAGCAACUGCCGCCGCUUCGCCGCCCUGUCGCGGGCCUUUGCCCAGCGCGCCGCCAACCGCUGGAACGACACCGACGACAUGGCCUAUCUGACCAAGAAGCUGGGCAAGUGGAUGCCCACUGACAACCCGCGCGUCGCCGUCGACUCCCGCCCCCGCCUCAGCGGCAUCAUGGACACGGUCAACUCAACGCUGGCCCACGGCCCGGCCACGCGGCUUCCCAAGGAGUUUUACGACCCCAAGGCCCGGAGCAUCAUGGAGACGAUCGCCGUCGACGAGUGGUUCACCGGAUACAAGGAGAGCCAGGAGUACCGCGCCCUGGGCAUCGGCGCCCUGAUGGGAGAUGUAGUCGCCCGCAUGGUUUCCACCGCCGAGCGCAAUGUGCCGCCCCCCGACGCCGAGUUUAGCAACAAGAACAAUGGCGACGACGACGCUGCUGCCUUCCGCUUCGGCCUCAGCGGCUGCCACGACACCACCCUCGCCGGCAUCCUCGCCAGCUUGGGCGCCUUCGGCAACGACGCCUGGCCCCCCUUCACAAGCCACAUCGCCAUCGAGCUCUUCCGCUCCAACGACGACUCCGCCACCGGCACCGCCAAAACAUCCUCAUCCCUCUUCUCAUCCUUGUGGCCCUCCUCCAAGCCCGCUCCCAUAGGCCGCAAGCCCACCCCAGACCUCACCCCGCGCGAAAAGGAGUCUCUGCAGGGCUACUUCGUGCGCCUGCGCUACAACGACAGCCCCGUCGUCAUCCCCGGCUGCAAGACCCCCGGCAACCACCUCGACGGCGACGAGUCCUUUUGCACCCUCGCCGCCUUCAAGGCCAUCGUCGACAAGUUUACGCCGCUGGACUGGAAGCGCCAGUGCCACACCAAUGUCAAGGGGCCCGCGUUUCCCGAGAAGCCGGAACCUGCUGGGUACUGA